AUGCACUCGCACGAAGCCAGUCAUCGCCUUGCAAGUACAUCGCGUGAUGCGUCUUCGGUAUUUUUGAAAUUGUGCACCUUCGACAGUGACAUAUACCUUCCGGAUUUGCGUAUCAAGGCACCUCAAGAUUCCGCCACUAGGGUUGUGGGCAAGUUGUGGGGAAAGUAUUGGGACUGCGACAUUGAUCACUACCGCAGCGCUGCUUCUGCUAAGAUCAACAUUGGAAGGCCUCGUGUAGUCAACUACAUGUGUGCCCUUUUUCUUGUUGCCCUUGCCUCUGAUCCCCUCAUCCCUAAAUGCCCUCUAUCCUCAAUCUCAAGUUCAAGCUAUCUUGAACAAGGGCAAAGGCUCGAGAACUUGAGUUGGAGGUUAUGGCACCUCCAGAACCUCAUGGUCGACACCGACAAUGCAAAGUCUAAGCGUGAGUUCAAGAAACUCUCCAAGUGCAUGGGCGACAAACUGGACAAGGAGAAAGGACGGAGCAUUGAGGAGCUCGAGGCUCCCGACUUCAAACGAAACCACUCCACCGAUAUGAUACGACAACGUGCUGUAGAAAAGGAGCGCAACCGCGAAGCCAGCCAGAACGCAAAGCCUGGUACCAUCAAGCGCAUGCAGUUUACCUUUAGCGUCGACCAGCUUGGCCCUGCCUCUAACAUCCCUGUCAAGAAACCCGACACAAAGCCAUCCUUAGAUCUGAGCAAGCGCACAAGGGCUACCGCUCGUGCUCAACCUGACAACAAUCACGAGAACAUUAUAAUGGCGGACGACGAGGGCAUUGAGAAGGAGCCUCCUAUUACUCAGCGCGGGCGCAAAGACGGCAGGAGCGCCAUCUCCCAGCCUUCUUCCACUUCCCUUCGUUUCCCUUCCUUGUUCAGUAACGAUUUUGGUCCCUCCGCAUUAUUGAACCCCUCUCCCACUUUUACGACACACAUGAACUACGGCGAAGGGCUUAACGCCUCAGGCAAUAACGAUUCUUUCUGCGUCUCGCGCCCCACUAUCGAGCUUCCCCUCGACGAGCUACUUCAUGGAGUCGAUUCUGCCGAUAGCCCUGACCUCUGGUCGACCAACACCACCACACUGCAUUUCCAAGAAGUUUAUUCCAAUAUCUCAUCUUCAUCUUCUUCCUCGUCCUAUUCUCAAGAUGUCGUCAUGUCCGCCAUCCCUGCACCCACGGUCUCCCAACGGUCGACGAAAAACACUUCUGUUAGCGACGACGAAGAUAGUGGCAACUCCAGUGACGAUGAGUAUCAUAGCCAGCGACGUCACACCACGCGCAGGACAAGCAAUCUUCAGAACAGUAACAACACUCAGAACCAUAACAACAGUCACUCCUUAAAGAACAUCCCACCCUUGUCACAGGCAGUCAAGGAGAUCCUUCCUGAGACAGUCUCACCAUCAAAGGUGAACCCUCUUUACGGGACGCGGGCCAACACACCUACAGGCAGGCCGACGUUGACCGUCAGGACGCAGGCGACACCCACUACACGCUCCUCUGGCCCAGGAGCGACCGCAACCAGCCUCAAUCCAGCUGUGCUCCGCAGCAUGACUGGUGGCGCAGCUGGCUCCAAUUCCGCACCUGGUGGUGUGAAGGCGGAGUGCUCUAAUUGUGGUGCUACUCACACCCCCCUCUGGAGGCGGGGGCUCAACGAUGAGCUCAACUGCAAUGCUUGUGGUCUUUAUUGCAAGUUGCACAAACGACCCCGUCCCAAAAGCAUGCGCAACACGCACGGUGAAGGUCGUGCUCAAGCAGCUCCUCGUCAGGAGACGGUCGAUGUUAUGACGGCUGCUCAGUGCUACAACUGUCACACUACGGCUACCCCCCUUUGGAGGAAAGAUGAUGAGGGUAAAACCGUUUGUAACGCGUGUGGGCUCUACUAUAAGCUCCAUGGCUCUGCGAGACCCAUUUCUAUGAAGUCCGAUGUUAUUCGUAAACGCUCAAGGCACGAUGCACGUCGUAGCGGACAGGCCAUGGAGGAUACCCCAUCUGCAAGUCCAGGUGUUAGCCGUCGCGCUUCCCCAGCUCUCGAUGCCUCCCCGACCCUUGCUCCCGACUCCACGACACAAAUGACCUACGAGUACUCAGAGGAGAUGGAUUAUCGCUCUACCCAAUCUGAGCUCAUCGGCGCGCUUGGAAAUGACCACAAUACGAACACCCUAUUCCAAAACGCGUUUCAACUUCAGUUUCCCGGUCCUUACCACCCGGACUAUCUCUCGCAACUCUACAACGUGCCUGCAGACACUCUGCCAUUCUCCUCCGUUGAGUCGUCGUCCUCCGAGGUUGACCCUAGCAUGAGCCCGAGGAGCAACAAACGCCGCAGAAUGAGCACAGAUUCGGCCUCUGAACCGCCGUCUUCGGCCAUAUCAUAUAGCUCAUACAACGAUGGCUACUCGUCUGCGUCAUCGGCGACCUCUCACUCCCAACGGUCUUCCAUGGAGUUUCCAUUUAGCAACUUCAACUCGGGGAGUACUUUUAACAAUGGGCCGGCCCUCCGGGGGUCUGGUAAUACCUUCUGGCACCCACCUAUGAUGCCCCAGGGCGAUAGUUCCCCUCACAUCUUUCAUCCACCCAUGCUACCCCCGGCGGGGUCAGAAGAGUCCCCAAUGGACUACCUCCACCCACCAAUGGUCCCCCAGGACGACGAGAGUCUUUUCUCAACAUAUCUUCAUCCACCAAUGGUCGUUCCUGAGGAGGGAAACAACCACCUGACGGGUGUGCAGAGUCAAAAUAUCUAUGGCGAUUAUUCGCAUGGUCAUGACUACUACGACGCCAGUAUGCAAGUGUACUAAGCUCUGCAAUUUCGUCAAUGUUGGUGGGGUGUUCGUCGACAAUCUCAUCGUCCUUUUGUCGUUGGGGCAGAUAGCUGUUUUGUUGUUGUCUUAUUUCUUCAUUUUUGUGGACAUUCCUCGCUCUUGCAUGACUACUAUAUAUCUCGGCGGCACUCUCUGCUCACGGCCCAUCACGAUUUUAUCACACUCUAGGUUAAAUUAGACAGGCAUUUUGCUCUUUGCAGCAUGGUCCUUUCCAUCAUCAUCAUCAUCGUCGUCCUCUUCCUUAUCGCAUUGCUCUCGAGCUCUCGUCGCAGGCCAGAUCGCUCUAUCAUCAUCGUCUCCAGCAUUUCCUGCAUCAUCCAUCAUCUCAUUGGUUAUGGCUUUCCAUCCUUCAAAUGGUUCUUGCCCUUCUUUCUCUGUACCAACCUUUGAAUGCUCUUCCUCUUCACGAUAUACAAUUCAACAUCGAACGCACUACCAUUCAACAUGCUUGCAUUUGAUCCUGCUCAACACAACCUUGCAAUUACGGUACCCCCGUUCUUCACAUCUCUCGCUUUCUCUGUUGUAUAUCGCCGCGAAGGACUUGCGCGCUUCCAAGCCCCCAAAAGAAACAAAUUAUAUAAAUAUUUUUGGCUGUACACUACCCUUGGCUUUUGACGUAGUAUUAAAUAUACUGCAUAUCAAUGUAAAUUAUGCAAAGCCACCCCAAAAGAUAUCCUUGUCUAC